UCUGCGGUCAGUCAGCUUGUUGGCUCGUGCGGACGGAGAUGAGCUCGCGCGCAGAGUGAGGAGAUCUUCAGAGUGCGCGGACACACGCUGCCUCUGAUCAGCUGAUUAUUGAUGAAUAUUUUUUAUUAUUAAUAAUUGUACUUUGAUUAAUAUUUUUUAUUAUUAUUCAUUUUAUUUUGGAUUAAACUCUUGAUCUAACUUUCUGUGCACGUGAGGAGCAGCGCGCGGACAUGACGCAGAGGUACGAAGACCUGUCUCGUUUCGGGGGGGCCAUGGACGGGGUUGGGGUCUACGGAGACCCUCACGCGCCCCGGCCGCUACCGCAGGUCCACCACUUGAACCAGGGGCCGCCCCCCCACCCCCCACAGCACUACGGAGCGCAUGCGCCGCACAACAUCCUGCCGGGCAGCGUGGGGGGGUCGAUGAACGAGGCCCUGAGGAGGGACAAGGACCAGGUGUACGGGCACCCCCUGUUUCCGCUCCUCGCGCUGGUCUUUGAGAAGUGUGAGCUCGCGACCUGCACGCCUAGAGAGCCAGGUGUGGCGGGAGGUGACGUCACCUCCUCGGACUCCUUCAACGAGGACAUUGCCGUGUUCGCCAAACAGAUCCGCGCGGAGAAACCUCUGAUCUCCUCCUCCGACCCGGACCUCGACAACCUGAUGAUUCAGUCCAUCCAGGUGCUCCGCUUCCACCUGCUGGAGCUGGAGAAGGUGCACGAGCUGUGUGAUAACUUCUGUCACAGGUACAUCAGCUGUCUGAAGGGGAAGAUGCCCAUCGACCUGGUCAUCGACGAUCGUGACGGCUGUAAGUCGGACUUCGACGACUUGUCCGGGUCCUCCACACACCUGGCCGACCACAAUCCUGCGUCCUGGAGAGACCUGGACGACACCCACUCCACGCCAUCCAUAGGGACCCCAGGGCCGUCCAGCGGGGGACACGUCUCUCAGAGCGGGGACAACUGCAGUGACAUGGGGGACGGACUCGACCACGGCCUGGCGUCACCGGGGACUGGAGACGAGGACGACCUGGACAAGAAGAGGCAGAAAAAACGAGGGAUCUUCCCCAAAGUGGCCACAAAUAUUAUGAGAGCGUGGCUGUUCCAGCAUCUCACACACCCGUACCCGUCAGAGGAGCAGAAGAAGCAGCUCGCACAGGACACAGGCCUCACUAUCCUGCAGGUCAACAACUGGUUCAUCAAUGCGAGGAGAAGAAUAGUUCAGCCGAUGAUCGAUCAGUCCAACAGAGCAGUGACUCAGAGUACUCCCUACAGUCCAGAUGGCCAGCCAAUGGGUGGCUUCGUACUGGAUGGACAGCAGCACAUGGGCCUCAGAGGAGGUCCGAUGAGUGGCAUGGGGAUGAACAUGGCGAUGGAUGGACAGUGGCACUACAUGUAGAGCUGCACGCCGAGGCCUGAUUCUCUCACAGGGUUAUGUCUCCAUGGUGACUCAGGGAUCUUCUUCCAUCAGGCUGUGAGCUGAGGACCACAUACCCCAUUGGACCUGAUCACCCCCCCACCAACACACACAUACACACAGGGGGCAUGCCUCAGAGGAUCACGUGGUACAGCCCCCCGAUCGAACAAGAUAAGAUAAGAUAUACUUUAUUCAUCCCAGCAGGGAAAUGUAGGUGUUCCAGCAGCCAGCAUACAUACAAACACACAACACAUAUAUACAUACAUAUCCCACCCAUACAAAAAACAUGAGGCCACAAUACAUAGCCAGGAUAAAAAAGUGGUAUGGAUGGUCCACGUGUAGCUGUUACUCAUAGAUAACAGUAUAAGAAAUCUCAGUAGAGAUAUGAGAACAGAACGGGACGUCUCACUCCUCUACAUUUCCUGUCAAUUAUUUAUUUAUUUAUUGAUUUUAUACCGGCGGUGAGGUCCGUUACACAAUGGGAGCGAGUGAUGUUUUGUAUUGUGUAUUUGUAAAUAAAUGUGUGUGUAGAUGUUAGAGUGACCUUUGACUUUUGACACAGACACCUUUUCUAAAACAGAUUUGUAAACAAAAGAAACUGCUGAUGUUUGUGUUCAUCACUUUUUACAAACAGAUUAUAAACUGUGUUUUUUAUCUUCGAGUGAGAACUCACACCGAAUAAACACUAUCUGAUGAAGAGGAGCAGCAAUGUGUUUUAUUGU